AUGGCGUUGACGGCGCCGGCGACGACGCUGGACAUCGACGAGAUUGCCUUUUCCGACCUCUUCCUCCUCUCGCCAGAAGCAUCGGCAACAGCGGACGCCGACGACGAUGGCCGGCGCCGCCGCCUCCUGGCCACCGUCUGGGCCGCGCUCGGGCGCGGGGGCACCGGGCUGCUGGCCGUCGCCGGCGUACCGCGCGCGGCCGCCCUCCGCCGCCGCCUCCUCCCCCUGGCCCGCCGCCUCGCCCUCAUGGAACACGCCUCCCGCGCCAACCUCCUCAAGAAGCACGGCGUGGGCAGCGACGUGCCCCUGAAGAAGCCCGACAGGUCCGUCUCCUCAUUCGCGCAGCUCCUAAGGCAGCGUGAUUCAGGUACUAAGAAAUUCCACUUGCCAGAGUCGAUGACCAAAAGCAUCGACACCUGGCCUGGGAGCCCGGUGGGCGUCCAUGGAUUUGGGGAACACGAGGGUGGUGAUGAUGACAUUGAGAACCUUGGUGACCUCUUCAAGGAGCUGGGCUUGUGCAUGAUGGAGAUUGGUAUCUUGGUUGCGCGGGCCUGCGACAUUGUUAUCGGCGGGAAUCAGCUGGAGCAGAGCAUUACUGACUUUGGGAGCGCCAAGGCGAGGCUCAUCCAUUACCACUCUGAGUUGGAUAGCAGGAUUAUCAAGCAGAGCAGUACAGACACAAGAAGAAGAAGAAACUCGGUGAGUAAUGCAGCUGCAGCAGUAACGCCUGUAUCAGAUCACAUCAAUACACCGGGUUAUCGAUGGCCAGGAUCAGAAGAUGGAUCUCGUACCAGACUGGAAGAUGAAAAUGAUUCCAAAGAUGUCAUGGUACAAGGUCAGAGCACUACGGUUUCUCUUGGGAAAUUAUGGCAAGAGUGGCACUACGACUAUGGAGUACUGACCAUCUUAACGGCUCCAUUAUUCUUGCGCUCUUCCCUCGGACAGGAAUGUGCUGUCAGCGAAGAAUGCUCUUUUCCUGAUGAGCACACACACCUGCAGCUAUUCAGUAAAAGGAGGAUGUUCUCGGUGAGAUGCUCCCCAGAGAGCUUCAUUGUUCAGAUUGGGGAGGCAGCAGACAUCUUGUCAGGAGGGAAGCUGAGAUCUACGCUUCAUGCUGUGAGCAGACCUUUAGGCUCGCCAAACGUAAGCCGGGAGAGUUUUGUGGUCUUCCUGCAGCCCUCAUGGGACAAAACUUUACCUUGCUCUGGUUACUCUUCUGCCGAUGAAGAUGAUUCAAGUGAUCACUUGGAAUCUGCCUCAAGGAGUGAUGGAUCAGCUGGGUCUUGUAGUGAACAUAUAUUGAUGCAAGACAUUUUGAUGAAAAUCCCCCCUCUGUCGUCAAGGUUGAAAGAAGGCAUGACAUUUGCAGAGUUUUCUAGGCAGACAACAAAACAGUAUUAUGGUGGUGGCGGCAUCCAACAAAACAGUUAACCAGAAGAACUAAGGUGAUGAAAAUGCAUCUCAUAGAAACCGAAGUGAAGUAUUUAGCUGUGCACUGUGUAUGAUGAGA